AUGGUUGAUGAUACAUCAGUUGCGUCCAAAAGAAGAAUCACAGAGAUUGAAGAAGAACCUCUUCUUCAACAAGUAGAAGAAGAAGACCAUUCUUUUUGUUUUCUAUCUACUGUCUCUCCUCACGGGGAUUCCAAAGAAUCAUCUUUGGUGAUUCUUUCACCUACAAAAGCAGACCAAGAAGAAGCCAAUAAUCAAGACAGUACAAGUCUAAAUUCUUUCAAGAAGGUAAAGUGCUCCUCUCUAACUGAAUCUGAGACUAGUUUUGGAGAGAAAAAAGAACUGGGUUUUGAAGAAAAUGAUGUAAAGUUUGAUUCUUUGAUUGAAAAGAAUGUUGCUUAUUGUGAAUUGGUUUCUGAUUCUUUUGAAAGUGGGGAGUUUGAUAAAAAUAUUGACAGUUCUAGUAUGAAAGUGCAAGAAGCUGAGAAUUAUGUGGACGGUGGAUUAAAGAAAGGAGAGAUUGAAUGGAGAGUUGAUAAUGUGAAAGAAGUGAAAGAGAAGGGAGAAGACGUGGGGAGUGAAUGUUUUGACGCUGAGAUGGGUUUAGAUAUUGAUGAUAAUAAAGAGGUUGUGACGGUGAAAGAAAUUGGAGUAGAAAGUUUAUUGGAAGCAAAGAAGAAUCAAUUGCUGGAAGAACUUGAAGUUAGUUCAAUCUUUAAAAACCAAACCAAUGUGCAUAAUAAUGUUGAUGGUUUUGAAACUGAUGUGGGAAUCUCGGGGAGUGUCAAAGGAUUUGAUGAAUCUGUUAGACGUGCAUUGAAGAUUGAAGUGAUUGACGAUGCAGUGUUGAUUGAACCGAUUUCGGCAACCAAAACUGGUAAUGGUGGUGUUAAUGCUGCCGAGAGAAAGAAGAAUGGGAAACAGGAAACUGAUGGAAAAAAGGCGAAAAGGCUACGGAGAAGGGGAAAGGUUGCAACAAAGGGUUUGGAGACAAGUGAUGGGAAAAAGAAAGUGACCCAAGUUGGUGAAGCUCAAAAUAGAACAAUCCAUGCUGGUGAAAUUCGAAAUGGCUGCGAAACAGAUGGGGAUCAGAUGACGAGGAAGUACUCGAGGGUAGAAAUGGAGGCCCUGAGGUUUGCAAAUAUUGUAGAACAGCGAAAAUUGUGGAGAAAUAUAUACACUGGACUUGGAGAAGAUGUUGUGGAGGGGUAUAAAGACUUGGCAAGGUCAAAGCAUCAGAAGAACGAUUGCUUGAAAUUCAAUCCUUUGGAGCGUUUUGGAAGGAAGGAACCUGGUAUUCUUGGGGAAGAAUCUUCUGAAAAUGUGGAUGGUGGAUUAGAAAACAUGGAAGGAGAUGGCGUACAAAAUGUGGAUCUCUUGGAUCCUGGUUGCAAUAGCAGUAUUCAAGGUGAAGGUGUGGAUGCAGUUUUGGAGGAAGAGUAUGGUGAGGAAGAUGACGGUGACAAUGAUUAUGCUAGCAUUCAGAGACCUGCUUUUGUCGUAGAAGGAGAACCAGAUUUUGGUUCUGGACCCCCAGAGGAUGGAUUAGAAUUUCUUAGGCUUGUCAGGUGGGAGGCUGCUCACAUUCCAAAAGUAAAAGUAGCCAAGCUUGAUAGGAGUAGAAUUAACAAAGAACAAACUGUUUAUAUGCCCCAGAUUCCUGAUAUUGCCAAGUGUCCAGAGUAUUUAUUGCCGUCGAAGCAGUGGAAGGAUGCAUUUCUUGCUGAUUUUUCAGAGCUGCGACUGUUUUUGUCUCAAAAUGACGGUUCCAGCACUAAAAUUUCCCAGAAGAUGCAACCAGCAGCUAUUGUUCACGGGAGUUCCUCCUCUCAGCUUGCUGAAAGAAUUAUUGUUGAAAAAUUCAAUAACCUUAGAACUGAUGAAGUCCAAUCCUGCAAACCUUGUAAUACUUCCAGCGCUGAGAACACCGUUGAUCAGCCAUGCAUGGUGAAUAUUGAAAAUUGUAAAAGCCUAACAUUUUCUCAGAAUCCAACUCCUGAAGCUUCGUCUGGUAUAGCUUUAUGCAACUACCCUACCUUAUCUGAGAUUUUAGCUAUGGAAUGUGUUGCUCGAGUUCGGAUGCUGAGGCAGUGCAUAAAAUUGGCAGAAACCAUGGACAUGCUGUCAAAGAACGAUUGCGUGUGGCUAUUUGCCUUAUGUCCAGCGGUUGAUAUUCCACUAGAUGCUGACACAUGUGCUGCUCUUCGGGUUCUGCUCUGGAAAUGUGCUAGCUUGCGAGCUAGCAAAUCUGAACUUGAUGAUGAGGUUAUCAUGCUGAAUAUUCUUGCCACAAUUUCGGGCAGGUACUUUGGACAGUCCGGAAGCUGA